AUGCAUCUGGAUGAGCUGAUGUUAAAUACAUUUACCACAAAACUAUUAAAACCAUCAAAAGAACACGUCAUUCCCUGCGAGCGCCAUAUAGACCAGUACUUGGUGAACACAGAAGACGGAUGCUCACCAACUCUCACCCCCACCCCACCCCAGCCCCACGUCCCAGUCCUAAUCCGGAAAGUUGCUGCGGGCGUCAGGAGACACAGACCUCUCGCCGCUAGGACAAGAAGGGGCCACUCCCCUGCCUCCCGCUCGCCCUCACUCUCGAGUGACCCGAAGCCCUUUAGGACGCAGGGUGCAACAGCGGCCCCGACGUCGACUAGACUACCAGUCGGACUCACGCAGGACCGGGAAGGACUAGACGGGAAGGGGGACCAAGGCUGGGGGCCAGCAGGUAGCGCGCCCGGGAGACACGCCCGCCCGCCCGCCCGCCCGCCCGCGGGACCGCAGGAGGGAGAAGUUUCUCCACAACUUCCCGACUCCUGGCCCCGCCGGCAGACAGCGGCAGGAACGGCGGCGCCUCGAGAAGCCGGGGAGCGGGAGGACGGACGCCGGGGCCUAGCGCUGCCCGGCCGGGGUCAGCAGCCUCCGUCGCGAGGGCCCGCCGCGAGCCUACCUGCCGUCUGGCCGCACUCGCACGGGUCGCUGGGGGAGACGGUGGCCGGCCGAGGCGCACGCCCGCGCGGCCCUCUCUCCGUGCUCCGUCUCCUGCUCGCGGGGCGCCGGGAGGCAGCGACGACGGCACAGCCGGCCCGGGACGCGUUACUUGAGGAGGAGGGAAUUCCCGGGCGCCUGCACCCCACGGCCUCCCUCUCUUCUCCUCCUCCUCCUCCUUUUCCUCCUCCUCCUCCUCCUCCACCUCCUCUAGCCGCCGGCCCCGCCCCUCCGUUCUCGACGGGGGCGGCAGCGCGGGGCGGGGGCUGCGGCUACCUGCGCGCGCCCGCUCACCGGAACUCGCGCCCGGCCGCGCUGCCUGCUUCGAGCGCCUUCCGGCGCCGGAUCUCUGUGCGGGGUUCGCGCGCGGCCGGGAGGCCAGGCCGUGUCACGCCUGCCAGCCCAACAUGGCGGCGGGGGCCAGGCGGGCUCCUGAGGGGGCGUGAAGAGAAAGCGGCACAGGCCUGCGGCGCCCUGCCCUCCCGCGCGCCGACUACCGCGACGGGCACAACGGAGCUCGGCCCGGCUCUCCGUAGCGCCGAGGGGCGUGGGGCUUUGUUUUGUGGGGUGGCCGGGGUUGAGGUUCUUUGGAGAGAGUUUGACUUUGCGUUUCUCAGCCUUGUGUCUGCGCAGUCUUUGUCGCUGAUAGUAAAAUCUCAGCCCAACCGCGUGAGCCAGCGGGGCGGUGCUGACACCCUGGUCGGGAUCCAAAAACGUUCUCGUCUGGCCUCUUUCCGAAGCUGGGAUCCUGUCCCUGCCCCAGAAGCUUCCUGUUGACUGUAGGUCGAACCAGCCUUGCCGGGAGAGGAACCGAAGCUGAGUGGUGUUGGCAACUCGCCCAGGAAUGGUGGCUUUCACUUGGUGCGGGACAGCAUAUUAUUUGAUCCUACUAAGCGGGAACCCAGACUUUAGCUCUGCUUGACAGAUGUUAAAACUGAGGCGAGGGCCCCUUGAAAGGGAGAAGCCAUGAUGAAAGGGUUUUCCCUUUCCGAAGGCCAUGCAUCUUUUUUCUGUUUGCCUUGUAGAAAAGGAAGGGUUCAGAAGGAACUGGGGUAAAGAUGAGAGGCAAGGUCAAGAGACUGAAAUCUAGUCGCUUCCUGCUAAAGCCACUUCAGCCUUGUCAAACCCUUGAUUUCCCUUUUGUAUUUCCUGUUUGGUGGGGAUAUCCGAAGUAUUGCUGUGGUUAGUUAUUAAGGACUCUUGGUUUCCUUUGUGGCUUUCAACAAAGUUCAGAAUCAUCUUCGGCAUAUUCUCAAUAGCACCACCAACUGUGUCAUUGUUCUGGUAUUUUGGAACUUAAACGGAAAAAAAACUUAAACGUUUUUUUUGAAAGUUUCAAAACAAAGGUAUUGGAAUUCACAUGAACAGCUACAUGUAAUGUAGAAUGAUGCUUUAUUUUGCCAUUGUCUGGGGCAUUAAGUUUUUCAUAUUGAUGUAUAUUCCAUUUUUCUUAAAACUAGAAUUUUACCUAUUUGAGCUGUCCCGUUUCUAAACCUCCAGGUAUAGUAGAAAUAUGUGUGCCCCUAAAUGCAAUCUCAAAAACAAAAACCCUUCCCAAUGUUAGUUUAACCUGCUUUGAAUUUGUUCUGUAUGCUUUGUUACUUUGUUACUUCUUUUUCGAUACAGGGUCUUGUUUAGCCCAGGCUGGUUUUGAACUUGCUGUGUAGAGGAUGGCCUUGAGCCCCUGCUUUACCUCCACCUCCCAGUCCUGGGGUUGCAGAGGUCAGAAGAAAGUGUUGGAUCCUCUGGAAUUGGAACUACUACAAUGGUUGUGAUCCAUUGUAUGGCUGCUGAGAAUCGAACCCAAGUCCUUGGGAAGUGUUGUUCCCUGCUGAGUCAACUCUCCAGCCCUAUAAAAAUAUUCUUUAGCAAGAUGUAGGACAAAACAUUGUAUUUCUGUGUUAAAUACCUUUUCUUUCUUGAACAA